CUGUAUGCACAAUAUUGUUUUUUUCCGAUUACGAUGUCAAUAUUAGCAAUCGAGCCGUUUACUGUCAAAUAAUCUAAUUAGAUAUUUUUGAUUUUUUAAACAAGCGUGUAAAAACAAUUUAAAUUCUUAUAAAAGUAAACAUUUUGUUCAAAUAAAAAUCACAUUAAAAAUAAUAAAACUAACGAAUUGUCUUGCUUGUUUGAUAAAUUAUAACAGGAUGACAGUUAGUAUGAAAUCAAGUGAUGUUGUGCUGUUAAGCUGAUUUCAGUUGUCACUAGUAUCUAUCAAAAUGUUACUAAAAUUCUUCAUUUCAUUAUCAUUUGCAUUAGCUUGCAUUGCCAUCCAUAUUAUAGAAGAGGACAAAUGUGUGGAUGAACUUAACACUCUGGUCAAAUACCCUUUGUGGAAGUCUUUCUUACGCAAAAAUAUCGAGGAGAUUCCGCGUAUGGUCGACCAAACACCUAAUGGAAGUCAAGAGAUUACGUUACUGACAUUAUUUUCUGUCGACGAAAACGGCUGUGUUUUUACUAAAAACAAUUGUUUUGAUAAAAUUCGACAAUUUCACUUACUCUUGAGUAUCUAUUAUUGUACAGGAAUAAAACAGUUUUUAGAUUUUUCCACUGGUUUCUGGAAUUUAUGUAAAAAGGCCGAAGAAAACUGGGUACUUAUGUGCAAUAAAAACUUUUUAGAAACUAUUGGUAAUUUCGACAUUGAAUUUCAAAGAAUGAUGAAAUCAUUGCAAUAUUUCGGGAAAUUGCUAAGCCCUUCGAGUGAUGAGACAGCACUGACGAAUGAUAUUCAUAUGGUUAUUGAAAAUCUAAGAAAAUUAACUGAAAAACCGGAUUUAAAACUUAAAGAUGAUACUAUCGAAAACACAUUGAAAAACGUACAAAAAUCGAUACGAGAUUUCUUAAAAAAACAUUAUAAGUCGUCAAAAGUAGACUUCGAAGAAAAUAAAACGUCAAAAAUUACAUUCUUCACAAACAAGGUUGCCAAUAACCCAGGACAUAUGUCGACAAAAGUACUGACAAUCAAAAAACAAUUCGAGACAUUCAUGAUACGGCUCAUAGCUCAAUACAAGUAUUUUGGAUUUCAAUUUGUUGGAAAAGAAAUGUCCAUUAAUGUAUCACAACCUCCGGAAAAUAUUGAAACGACGUUUCAACAAUUAAUACCACCAGAAUACGGUAAUGAUGGAAACGGUCUACCGAAUUAAAUUUAAGUAUUAAUUAUUAUUAAAAAUUCAUAUUUUAUUUUGUAAAAUUAUUUUUUGUAAGAUGACGUAUAAUAAACGCGUUAAAAACCGAUCAUCGAUGUUUAUUUUUAAGCCAUCGCAGACAGUUGUACCAACCAAAGACGCUUCGUAGUGAUCGCAACUACGUUAGGUCUUAUUGUAUUUUAUCUGACCGUUAGUGUUUUACACUGCGGUACGACCCAAACAUAAUAAUAGUGUGCACGACAAAAACGUUUGAAUAGUCAAACGGUCGUGUCCAGAGAAUUCAACGAGCAGAUUUCUCUCGAUCUCAACACACGUCAGUUUGUACUCGACGAAUGUUUUGCCUUUCUCCGACUCGCAUCUGUGUACACUCACUCCUAGUCCAUACACGUAACACGGUAGCGGCUAGGUGGUUCUUAGCUGUGACUAUCGCCGCCGGACUUCACGCUGCUUUAGGGAGGUCGUUAAAACGGGUCCGGCCUGCAUCCCUUUCCGAACGGCGGCCACCCGCUGCAGCACCGCCCGGCAUUGCGGCACGUCGUCGCACGGUAUCCAUAAGCGUAUAUAUACACCACGCAGAAUAGCUGUUAGGGUUGUUACGGUGCCGUCAUGCGAUAGUCCGCAGGACACCCGCACCGUAAGCGACUACUGGGUACUGUUUUUUUUUUCUAUGCGUGUCCUUUCUUUAUCCUAAUUCGUAUAGAUACUCAUCCGCGACGUCUUUACUGCAUUUACUGGAAGGGCAGCCAUGAAAAAAUAAAGUGUACACCUAUACGUGUACACUAAAAAUAAAAUAUCAAACGUACUCCGUGCACAUUGUGUGCGUUUCGGGGAAAUAGUAAUGAUGGUUUUUACGCGCAAUCAUUUCGACUGUCUCCGCAUAAAACCUUUACUUUAACGUUGUUACACGUGUACUUUAGGACUGUAAUGAACUCUCGCGGCUCACACGACCGCUGUGGUCUUCGGACCGGAAAAUAAAAGUACAA